AUGACGGAUACCAUCUACACGUCGGCCUAUCCGUCCGUCCACAUCUGUCGUCGUUCUAUCUUCACUCAUAUUCUUGGUGUCUCUUCAUCUUCCCCAGGCACAGUCGGUGGCUUCCCCGCUUCAUCACCCGCAUUCAUAGAUGCUCUUUCCGGUACAACAAUUUCUCGCGGGAAAUGUCGCUCAUAUGCUCUUCAGUUAGCAUUCUCCCUUCACAACCUCCCAUCACCCCUAGAAAAUCGCACCAAGACAGUGCUCAUUUUCUCUCCUAAUUCAAUCACAUGGCCUGUCAUGAUGUUGGGUGUGGUGGCCGCUGGCUUCCGCGCGACGCUUGCAAACAGCGGAUAUACGCCAAAUGAACUGAAGUAUCAAUACAUUGAUGCAGGAGCUCAUCUUGUAUUUGCCCACCCUUCGCUAGUCGGGACAGCCCGGACUAUGUUAAGAUCCCUUGGAUGCUCCGAGCAAGAAAUACGGAGCCGUAUCAUCGUGGCUGGAGUUCAGUGGAUCAUGGGUGCCAGGGACGUGUCUGUUCCAGAUGACCAGCUGAAAGAUCUCGUGACCAUAACUCAACUACUUGGUCGCGGCGAGCUCAAAGAAGAAGUCAGUUUCGACGGUGAACGGUCAAACGAGACUGUCUAUCUCUGCUACUCCUCUGGCACAACAGGUCAACCAAAGGGUGUCGAAACCACACAUUACAAUAUCAUCUCCGUCCUCGAGAUACUCAAACCUGUCUGGCCCAAUUCCAAGCCAUGCCUUACUCCGUCCAUCCCUGCACAAGGUGGUGUAGAUGUCCUCUUCGGGUGUCUGCCCUAUUAUCACAUCUAUGGCGGAGUCAAACUUCUCCAUUUGCCGUUAUUCUUAGGCGUACCCGGGGUUGUCAUGGCAGGGUUCGACCCCGAUGGCUUCUGUGCUGCUAUCGCAAGAUACCGCGUGACUAUUAGCUUUGUUGUCCCUCCAAUGCUAGUAGUAUUUGCGAGACACCCAGCUAUCCAAAAACAUGACCUCACCUCCCUCAAGAUUCUCUUCUCAGGCGCCGCACCUCUCGGCGCUGAGCUUGUCUUGGCCGUGAUGGAGCGCAUGAAGAGCAUUGGCGCAGAUUUGGAUAUUCUACAAGGCUAUGGCCUCACAGAAACAUCACCGACGGUAUUCCUCCUCCCCGUUCCUGACGCCAGCAGUCAUAUUGGGGCGGCAGGAGUUCUGCUUCCAAAUUUGGAGGUCAGACUUGUUGGCGAAACUGAAGGCGAACCGCACACAGAUAUCCCAGGUGCUGGUGAGGUAUGGGUGAGAGGGCCGACGAUCAUGAAGGGAUAUCUAAACAACCCCACUGCAACUGCUGAAGCUAUUACGCCUGAUGGGUGGUUCAAGACUGGUGAUAUCUGCGUGCGGGACAAGGAUGGGUUCUUCACAAUCGUGGACCGGAGAAAAGAGCUGAUUAAAUAUAAGGCGAGCUUUUUGCUCCGAUGCAUCCCGCUUUUCUUCCGUGCGACCGCCCAACUGAUAGCUAAUGCGCUAGUUCCUCCGGCCGAGCUGGAGUCAGUGUUGUUACAGCACGCCGAGAUCGCAGACGCAGCCGUAAUUGGGAUUGAGAGUAAGGAGGAAGCAACGGAAUUACCUCGCGCAUACAUAACGCCUUCUCGCCCACUUUCCCCCCAGGAAGUGUCUUCGUUUGCACUAGGUGUCCAAAGCUGGGUUUCACAGCGUGUAGCGUCACACAAACAACUAAGAGGAGGAGUUGUGAUCAUCGACAAGGUACCGAAAAGUGCCGCUGGAAAGAUCCUUCGUCGUGAGCUUCGUGAGCGUGCGAAGACCCAUCAGGGAAAACCUCCCGCGAAGAUUUUGUAA